CUUCCACUGCCGGUUGCUCUCCUUUUCAUGUUACCGAAUUCAAACUUGGCAAUAAUUAAUUCACAUAUUAUCGCAUCGACAAAUCAAACUCUCAUCAUUCCUCCCUUCUCUUCUCGCCGUGAUUCUCCUCUGCUACUGUUUGUGUUUGCAGAGCUCAUGGCCAUGGAUGCAGGCAGAUCAUAGCGGAAUGCGUGAGGACCAUUGAACAGAGAGUUUCUUGAAGUUUAACUCCGAAAAGUCGAGUCUUUGUUCCACAAAUCCUAUUAAAAAUGCGAUUUUUAUCGCCGCCAAUGGGCGCCAGCCUGCUGCUGCUGCUGCUGCUCUUCGUCGUCUCUGAUGCCCAGCAGCUGUCCCCUUCGCAGUCCAAGACGCUGCUCCGCCUCCAGGGCCUCCUCGAGUACCCGCCUGCUCUCGCUGGCUGGUCCAGGAGCACUCCCUUCUGCUACCUGCCCCCCUCCGCCUCCCUCGCUGUCGCCUGCUCCGGCAACCGCAUCGUGGAGCUUGUCAUCGUCGGCGAUCGCCUCGCGUCGCCUGGCGCCCGCAACGCUCUCUCGCCGGCGUUCUCCUCCGACUCACUCUUCACCACCCUGUCGCGGCUCCCCAGCCUGACCAGGCUCUCUCUCGUCGCCCUCGGCCUCUGGGGACCGCUCCCUGGGAAGGUGGACCGCUUCCCCUCGCUCAAAGUUCUCAAUCUGAGCUCGAACUACUUCUCCGGGUCGAUUCCGCUGGAGAUCUCGACGAUGACGAGCCUCCAAAAUCUCGUCUUGAGUGGAAAUUACUUGAGCGGUUCCGUCCCCGACCUGAAACCCCUUUCUUCUCUCCUCGAAUUAAACAUCGGUGAAAAUCGCCUCGGUCCCGAGUUCCCUUCCCUGAGCAACAGCCUCGUUAUCCUAGUUCUCAAGAACAACAGCUUAGUGGGAAAGAUCCCAGCCAAUCUCGGAGCCUUUCAUCAGCUCGCUAUGCUUGAUUUAUCUUCCAAUCAUCUUUCUGGUAGGAUUCCUCCAUUUCUGUUUUCUCUAAGAUCGAUGCAGCACUUGGACUUAUCCGACAACAAGAUCACCGGACAAAUUGCCGGCAAUGUUCCCUGUAGCAAUGUGCUUGAAUUCGUCGAUCUCUCAAACAAUCACUUGGUCGGCGGGCUUCCUUCAUGCUUGCGCUCCAAUCCUUCAAGCAGAGUGGUGCUGACUUCAGGGAACUGUCUAAAUGCAGGGGAUCUAAGGAACCAGCAUCCUAAUGUUUACUGUGAUGGUGCUGCAUUGGCUGCAGUUUUGCCUCCCGCAAACAAGAUCAGUGGAUCCAAAAGCAAAGUAGGCGUUAUCUUGGGCAUUGUUGGCGGCGUCAUCGGAGGCGCUGCACUGUUAGGUUUGCUGAUCUUCCUGGUCUUCAGGAGAACAAGAACCAAUGAAUCCAACGCCAUUGUCUUGCACAAACCAAUUGCAGCAAAAUCCUUAGCACAAGACACCCCAAGAAGUCCUAUCGAUGCUGGGUUCAAGUUUCAAUCUGCCAGAAUGGAAAGUAUUGGGCUAACACCGUACAGAGUUUUCAGUAUUGAGGAGCUUAAGCAGGCAACUAAUAAUUUUGACCCCUCGAACUUGUUUGAGGAUAGUGCACGAGGACAGUUCUAUAAAGGUCAGUUCCAAGAGGGAUCCCUGAUAGUAGUCAGACUUCUGAAAUUGAAUCCAAAGUUGCUAUAUCAGAACCUACAUCAGUAUCUGGAACUCAUCGCCAAGCUCAGGCACCAUCAUCUUGCUAGCAUUCUUGGCCACUGCAUUACCAGUAGCCAGGACUCGGUUAACACUACGACUAUAGUUCAUAUUGUUUCUGAACAUGUUACUAAUGGAACUCUUAGGAGUCAUCUUACUGAGUGGCGAAAACGCGAGCUGCUGAAGUGGCCGCAGCGGUUAGCAGCUGUAACUGGGGUUGCUAGAGGAAUCCAAUUUCUACAUACUGUAACAGUCCCUGGGAUCAUUGGCAAUCAUCUGGAUACUGAUAGCAUAAAGUUGGAUAAAACUCUCACUGCAAAAAUAAGUCGGUAUGAUCUUCCCGUUCUGCCAAAGAGUAAGAACAAGGCUGGUUAUGAAAGGCCUUUUGUUCCUCUGGAUGGUAGAGAUGAUGGCAGCGUUGACAUUUUGGAUCAUGGUGAAGAAGAAGACAUUUAUCGGCUUGGCCUCGUUCUUUUGGAAGUUAUCACCGGGAAACAUUCUGGAUCCGAUAGGGAUGCCGAUUCUCUUAGAUCUCAGCUCCAUGGGAGCUUACUAGAUAGCCCGGCGGAUCUCAAAGGGCUUGCUGACCCUACUAUUCGAGGCACUUUCGCGGCUGACUCCUUACGAACAGCCGCCGAAAUAGCACUCAAAUGUCUAUCGGUGGAUCCGAGCCAGCGUCCUUCGAUCGACGAUGUUCUCUGGAAUCUUCAGUAUUCAGGUCAAAUCCAGGACGGCUGGGCUAUGGCAGAAAAUUCGAGCAAUCAAGUCUAGUUCUAGCUCGUACUGUGAAUUGAACCAUCCAUGAAGUAAAUCUUUGUUUUUUGAGUGUAAGAUUGAGUACUUGUGUUGAUUCAAUUGAAUUCGUGGUUGCAAAUA